UCCCCCCGUCCACCUUGUCACUCAGGUUUUUGGGCCCAACUGAAGCCGCCCACUAUUCCCUCUUCUUUCUCUUCCCUUUUACUUUUCUCACUUUCAAAUGUCAACCUUUCAUCCUCCUCCACACCUGAUGCCGUUACACUCACACACUCUACAACCCCAGUCCUCAGCUACUCGGGACGUUGAGUUACAGUAUGACAAGGUCGAUGCAGAAGCCAGCUCCAUCCUCAUUGCCCUGGCUAAUCAUAACCGGAAAGAGCAGCAUGCCUCUGAAAUGGCGGCUGCAGCUGCUAUGAAGUCUUUGGCGGCGGCCACUGGACAAGACUUAUCUUGCGCUUCUUUUCUUGCUGCAACAAAACGACGUAUCCCGGUGUACGAUGUAAAAGUCGGAACUGCAUCAUCUGGAUCGAAUGGCCGUUCUUCAAAAGAUGGAAAGAGCAUAUCACCCUCCCAAGAUACCAAUGUCUUAUCUGUUCGUCACCGGCCAAGCAAGCGUCCUGCACCUCCUACCAAAGAGGAUCAUCCUCGUCAAAAAAUGGCAGCCGUUGAAAAGUCGACCAGCAAAGAUCCAAUCCUCUUAUUAGCAGCAGCAGCAGCUGCGGUUGACAGCAAACAUCAGGAAGAUGCGCAUGACCGUCAUAGGGCUUCUGCGUCGUCUUCAGCAUCGUAUGAAAGACCUCACAGCGCUGAAACCAAGCCCAAUGUUGAUUUGCUAGACAGGGCGCCCUUUCCAACUGACACGUCGAAUCAUGCAGUUUAUCCAACCAGCAGCAAUAACCAUUCACAACAGCUUGUUUAUGAUUCGUAUUAUUCUUCUACAGAAAAUCAUCGUUCAUCCUCUCCCACUUCUUCUUCUCAACGUGCAAUGGACUUUUCAUCCAGCCCUCAUAUGAUGUCUUCGAACCGAGAUGGUCCGCCUCGAAAUUCAUCCAUGUCCCAGCCUCCACCAUCGCAGUCAGCGUACAUGCGCACAUCCGAUCGCUCCAAUGUGUUUUCACACCAGUAUUUAUCCAUGAAGCAAAAUCCAAAAAUUAAGCGCAAUGCUAUGCAUGCCUACAUAACCUACAUGAUCUAUGCUGAUUCGUCUCAUAAUGGAAAUCAGACCGCAGUUUCUACUAUGAAGGAUGGAAAAAGCAGUAACAACGUGAGGUUGAAAACUCCAUCUGGGCCGUCGUCGACUGGAUCGCGAAGUUAUUCAUCAACUCCCACCAAUCCAUCGUCCACUUACUAUAAUGGUCCAGAGAAAGAGGUAGCACGUUAUCCAUAUCGAAGAGAUGAAAAGCCUUAUUCAUCAUCGUCUAGGAGCGGUGGUUAUCAUAAUUAUGCUCAACCACCCGAACCAGCCUCUUCUCGCCCACCUUAUCCAUCCGACAAUUACUCUCAUCGUUCACAGAUGGAUAGUGAUCGAACCAAUGGAUCCAUGUCGAGGAUAUCAACUCCAUCCUUACCCCCUUUGUCUUCCACCAAUGGCUCUACAAACAAUAACCGUUCCCCUUAUGGUUCGGAUUAUUAUUCUCCAAGUCAACAACGGAAUUCUUCCAGUUGGUCAAGGUCCUCUGUGCCUCCACCAUCCUUACCUCCGUUGCAAGGUUAUACCUCAUCUCGUAUAUCACCUACCCUGCGUCCAUCCAUUUUACCACCACCUUCGAAUAACGAAGGCCGAUCCAGCAUCCCUCCUCCGUUACCUUUGCCUACCUCUACGCGCGAUCAAGCAUCGUCCACGGUACCCAAUAGCAAUAUUUUCAAUCGUCCAUUGACUGCAUUCCUAUGGUCUGAUAAUGCUGCUCCCCCUCGACCUUCCUUGAAUGACAGAAUCUUACCACCUGUUCCAAAGCCGGGCAAUGAUCAUAGCAGACCCGAUUCUUCUUAUUAUGAUCGCCCGUGAACCUAUGGCUUUAGCUUAAAAUGAGCCACCUUUCCCCCCAUGAGCCUUACUCAAAAAUUUCUGCUUUUCCUGUUUGCUGUAUACCUGUUGGUCGCUUCUUCUUUUGCAAUGUUUCCUUUUUCUCCUUCCCCUCUUGCGAUGUACAUACCGUUACCUUUUCACUAUUUGGGUUUGCCAAUGUAGAAAAUAACAUCUACUGAAGAAAAAAAAAAAAAUUAAGUACACA